UACAAAGAGCAUCCGAUUCAGCCCAAACAGAAACGGAAACAGGAUGGGUACAAACCGCCGACAGAGUCGAUGGCUACGUCUACGUCCAAUAAGAACGACUAUCCCGAACACCCAGCUCAAAAACGACAAAGCUUCAAACCGAAUGGAGAUGCUUUGAAAUCGGAUGAUCCGUUCGAUGGCUAUACUGGUUAUAACGAUACGUACAAAGAACAUCCGAUUCAACCGAAACAGCAAAGGAAACAGGAUGGGUAUCAACCUCCAACAGAAUCGAUGGCUACGUCAACGUCCAACAAGAACGACUUUCCCGAACACCCAGCUCAAAAACGGCAAAGCUUCAAACCGAAUGGAGAUGCUUUGAAAUCGGACGAUCCGUUCGAUGGCUAUACUGGUUACAAAGAUACGUACAAAGAGCAUCCGAUUCAGCCCAAACAGAAACGGAAACAGGAUGGGUACAAACCGCCGACAGAGUCAAUGGCUACGUCUACGUCCAACAAGAACGACUUUCCCGAACACCCAGCUCAAAAACGGCAAAGCUUCAAACCGAAUGGAGAUGCUUUGAAAUCGGAUGAUCCGUUCGAUGGCUAUACUGGUUAUAACGAUACGUACAAAGAACAUCCGAUUCAACCGAAACAGCAACGGAAGCGGGAUGGGUACCAACCACCGACGGAAUCGAUGGCUACUUCAACGUCUAAUAAGAACGACUAUCCCGAACACCAAGCACAAAAGCGACAAAGCUUCAAACCGAAUGGAGAUGCUUUGAAAUCGGAUGAUCCGUUCGAUGGCUAUACUGAUAGUUUCACCGAGGUCAAGCCCGCGCCUCGAUCCAGAAGAGAACAAGAACCAUAUGUGCCUUCUUCGGUAAAAUUCGAAGGUAUGUCUACAUUCAAAAGCGAUUUUAUUGGUCGCGAAGGAAAGAAGCGGGACAGUUACCGUCCUCCAAAAGUUGCGUUUCAAUCGAACGUUCCGUUUGAUGGCACCACUACAGCCUCGUGCGAUUUU